AUGGCCGACGAUGACAAGGCGGCGAAGCUGGCCGCAGCCAAGAAGAGGGUAGAAGAGUUGAAGAAGAAGAAGACCAAGAAGGCCGGCACCACAAAGAAGGAGAAGGGAGAAGCGACCGCGGCAGAGCCCAGUGCUUCCAAGGCAGACGAAGCCGAAGCCGAACCCACCACGCCCGCCGAGACCGCCAACGAGGACGAAAAGGCGGAGGAAAAGGAGGCGUCUGAAGCCGUCGCCGAGCAGCCUACAUCCCCAACCGCCUCCCAGCCAUCACUAGCUCAACAAUCGAAGCUCAGGUCGGCUUCCUUCAGACAAGGCUCUAUUUCCACAGGCCCCCUUUCACCUGGAGCACAGGGUCCCGAGGGCGAAACCGCAACCGACAUCUACCGGAAGCAAGUCGCUCGCAUAGAGGAGCUCGAGAAGGAGAACAAGCGUCUCACAAAGGAAUCAACAGACUCCGAGAAGAGAUGGAAAAAGGCCGAGGAGGAGUUGGCGGACUUGCGCGAGACGGAGGGGGGGAGCAAUGGGGCGGAAAGCCAGGUUGAGAAACUGAAAUCCGAGAUCGAGGCCCUUCAACGCCAAAACUCUCAACUACAGCAACAGGCCUCCCGCUCCGGCGGCCGUCACGGCUCAUCACCUUCCGUUUCCAUGUCUUCGCCCCCCGCCGAACUCGAAGCCCAGCUGGCGUCCAAGACCUCGACGAUCGAGUCCAUGGAAAUCGAGAUCUCUAAGCUGCGCGCCCAAGUCGACCGCCAAGCAAGCGGUACCUCCUCUGAGCGCGAACAAAUCGCCGCUCUCGAAGAUAAGCUUGCCCGCUCCGAAAAGGCCGCCGCUCAAGCCCAGAACGAGCUGGCAGACCUGCGCAAGAACCUCGACCGCACCGCCGAGAAGGCUGUUCGGGAAGGCAGCGAGCGCACAUCCGCCGAGACGAAACUCCGCACGCUCGAGCACGAGCUCGCUGGUGCUAUAGAUGCGCGCCUCGAGGCCGAGAAGAAGGCGGAUGGCUUCGAGAAGAAGGUGACGACUCUGACGACCCUUCACAAGGAACAGGACUCGCGUACCCAGACUCUGCGCAAGGAGAAGGAGCGCGCGGAGAAGGAAGUCAGCGAGCUCAAGGCCCGCGUCGAGAGCCUCGAGAGCGAGAACACGCGCCUGCGUAGCCGUAAGUCGACCGAGAGCGGCGGCGGUCUUGACGAUGACGGCGUCGAUGAGCUCGAGAACGAGGAGCGUCUGCGUCUGGAGAAGAAGGUACGGGAUCUUGAGAAGGAGGUUUACGACCUUCGCCACGGACACUGGCAGGAGAAGCGCCGCGAGAUGCAGCCGGGCCCUCAGAGCCCCGGGUUCGAGAACGUCAGUCUGAGCAACAGCCGUGGCACCUCGCCCUCUGCGCACCGCAAGCAGCCCACCCACGGCGGCAUCGGCGACUUCUUCCAGAGCGGCAUCAACGCGCUCACCGGCACUGGAGACGAUGAGUUCCUCGAGGACGAUGACAUGGACUUUGACGAGGAUGCGUUCCGCCGCGCGCAAGAGGACGAUGCGAAGGCGCGACUUGAGCGCAUCAAGGAGAUUAAGCGCACGCUAACGAACUGGGAGGGUUGGAGGCUGGACCUCGUCGAGAACCGGCGGGGCGGCUCCGAGGGUCUCGGCGAGGUUUUUGAGGUCUAG